GACCCUUUGGGCCUGGGGAAGCAGGCAUGUGUAUCAGUGGGGGACACUUCACUAUUAUAUCAUAACAAACUCCCCCCUAUGAAUUAUUGUGCUGAAUGACAUAUCAAUGAAAAAAAGAUUAUUUCAAGAAAGCCAAAUAUUUUAAUAGUAAGUGCUAGCUCCCCCUAACACCUACUCAAUUCUUCUUUUUUUUUUACCGGACAACCGGUGCACUAAGCUCAUGAUAUAUCGGGGUCUAGAAAAGUGCCGGACCACAAGUAUUUAUUAUUCGCAGCCUUAUCCUAUAUUUUCACAAGAAGUCACCGAUUUCACAGCUCGAACCUGGACCUACUAAUAACUUGGUAGCACCUUUAUCGUUAAGGCAAGGCUCCCUUCGUUCCUCCUUUUUCACUGUUCAACUUUUUUUUAAUAUAAGGAUUGGUAGAUUCUUUAGUACUGUAUAACUUAAAAAUGUAAUCUGCAACCAAAAGGGUCCCACUUGGAAGUCACAAGACAUAUUUUCAAGCCCUUUUAAACCUCAAUUUAAGUACAAGAAUUUUUAGUUGUUCUAGUUUUAUACAUAUUGUAGCUUCUUCUUCUUCCUCCUCUGUUGUUGAAUCAUGCCUAAACCUGGUCCAAGACCCUAUGAAUGUGUUAGAAAAGCUUGGCAUAGUGAUAGACACCAACCCAUCAGAGGUUCCCUUAUUCAAGAAAUUUUCAGGAUUGUGAAUGAGAUACAUGGUUCAGCAACUAGGAAGAACAAGGAAUGGCAAGAGAAGCUCCCUAUAGUUGUCUUGAGAGCUGAGGAAAUUUUGUAUUCCAAGGCCAAUUCUGAGGCUGAAUAUAUGGAUCUUAAAACUCUUUGGGAUAGAUUGAGUGAUGCAAUUGACACUAUCAUUAGAAGAGAUGAUAGUACUGAAUCAGAAUCUAGAGACCUCUUGCAACCUUGUAUUGAAGCUGCUUUGCAUUUGGGUUGCUCACCAAAAAGAUCAUCAAGAAGCCAAAGGAACAGUUCUCCAAGAUAUUAUCUAAGCCCUUUAACUCCAGAGUCUAAUUCUGGAAAUUCCCAUGACAGAAAUAGAGGAAAUCCUAUUCCUAGCAGUCCAUUUUUCUCCAAAGAUCAUAAAUUUUUAUCGGCUACAGUCAAAAAUCCAAACCCUUCUGGCUCAGAAGCUAACAAAAUGUUUCCGUUCUCAACUCUGAAAUUUCCUCCAUCUGUUGGUAUACAAACUUUGCCAAUGCAGACUGCUCGUGCCUCGCCUAAUUCUUGUUCUAUGUAUCCUUUGUAUUACGGUUCUCAAAUUGAACCUUCCGGCCACAAGUUUGGCUCUAGACGUGACCCCGAAUCAAAUGCUAUGCUUGUGGAUGAGAACAAGAAGUUUGCUCCAAGAAAUCCUCAGUCAUGUAACUUAAACGCUUCAAACGUAGCUUCUCGGGCAGAUUGUGAAGAUGUAAUUGGGUGUGACUUAUCGCUGCGUUUGGGUUCUUUUGUGGUUCCGUGCACUAGUGUUGACAACACUUUGCCUGAGGAGAACAAAGGUGGUGAUAUAUGCAAGUUGAAUGAUCUAACUCCACAAUUCAACAGAGGUUUGUCUUUCUUCUUAAAGGAAAAUGUUGAUAAAAAUCAGCUCGAAACAUCUUCAAGAAAAACGAGUUCCAAUGGCAAAAAUACGAAAGUAGCAUCAGUUUUGGAAAAGCGAAAACUCGUUGAGGAUCAGCAGGUUUAUUGGCCGGUGAAGCUCCCUUUUAACAAGUUCAGGUCAUAGGUUAUUAACUUUAGUUUCAGUAGUUACUUUGACAUAUUUUGGAAUAGGAAAGUGAUAGUCUGUGUCUUGUAGUCUCCUAGCUGUAGUUUUGCAUUUGCUUUGAUGAGGUUUGUUUGUAAGUUUGUAUGCUGCAAACUGCUCCUUUUUGAAGUGUUUAAAUUCAAUGAGUUCCAAAUCCUUGAAGAAAAAUCCAAUGCUACUUUCUUUGU